UAACAACCAAAUAUCAUGUGCUUCCUUUAUGAGGGUUAGUUGUAUUAUCCCACAUUCAGCCUUAUAAAAGCUUUUAGCUCAGAAAUUAACUACAUAUUCUGUCUUAUAAGCUCUUUAAGCUCAUCAUACCAGUAUAGCUCUUUUAUGAGAGUAUAUUAACACAGGGAAUUCCUCAUGUGGACAUUACCCUUUUGCCAUGGGACAAUCCCGGUCCUUUUGACCGGCCUAUUGAUUGCUGUAAGCUUCUGUUAUGCUGAUCAAACAACGGUACAGGUUAUCGGAUUCAGUGAAUGUGCAAAUUGUCAGAAAGACAAUAUUAAGCACACUGAUGCUGUCAAAGGGCUUAGAGUUACCAUCGACUGUAAGCUUGAAAAUGGUAAAAUGAAAACUCGAGGAGAAGGAAAGGUCGAUGGACAAGGCAAAUUUCACAUAGAUUUUCCACAUGAAUUAGUUGAAAAUGGGAAGAAAUUAAACGAAGAAUGUUAUGCACAACUUCACGGUGCAUCGAAUUUACCUUGCCCGGCUCAUGAUGGGAUUGAAUCGACUAAAUUAGCAUAUGUUUCUGAAUCUGAUGGGAAACACACAUUUAGCCCUGUCGGAAAACUCAAAUUCUCAUCAGAAAUUUGCACAUCAGAAUUCUUAUGGCCUCACUAUAAAUACCCAUAUUACAAACAUCCAUGGUUUAAGAAACCGUAUUACUAUAAACACCCAUUAUACAAGCAUCCAUGGUUCAAGAAACCAUAUUACUCCAUCCCAAAAUACACGAAACCUAACCCGCCAGUAUACAAGACACCAACCGUGCCAGUAUACAAGAAGCCAUACCCACCAGUAUACAAGACACCAUAUGUGCCGGUGCCAGUGUAUAAGAAGCCAUACCCGCCAGUAUAUGUAACACCAUCCGUGCCAAUUUACAAGAAGCCUUGUCCUCCGAUUACUAUUCCGAAGAUUUAUUACCCUCCUAAGGUGUAUUAUGAGCACCCUUGGUUCAAAAAGUGGCCCCCAAAGCCUUGAGUAACAACUUUUUACUAUACUCUAAUUUAUGAAUGUGUGUAAGUUCUAUAUUCUGCAAAAGAGAUGCUUGAUGCUUAGCUUUUGAUGCAGGAAAAAAGCUAAGUAGUAUAUCACCCUGAGCUAGUUAUUAUGUCCAUGUACUACUACUGUAUUCUUGUACUUGUAUAAUGUUCUUGUUUAAGCAUAUGUUCUGUUUUCUCAUUCAAAAUACAAUUAUUGAAUGAGUAAA